AUGAUUAGGGCGAAUAUUGAAGAAUAUGGGGAGGCCACCAUGGCUCAAUUUUUGAAUUAUUUGAAUAGAGAAAUAGCGAAUGUAGUGGAAUUACAACAUUAUGUGGAGAUGGAUGACCUACUACAUAUGUCUAUGAAGGUGGAGAAACAAUUGAAGAGGAAGGGGACAACUAGGUAUUCAUCGGGGUCUUCGGGUUCUAAUCCUUCAUGGAAAUCGAGGUGGGAUAACGAGGGUGAUGUGGCUGUUUUAAAAGGGAGAUCUAAAUUUCCAAAGUGGAAAGAAAAGAAUGCUAACAAAGUUCUAACCAAGGCGGAAUCCCAACCAUCAAGAAAUCGAGACAUCAAAUGCUUUAGUGAUAGUGAUUAUAAAGGCAUGCCAGAAUUGGAAGAAAUUAGCGAUGAAGCAAAGACGGAGUAUGCCAUGGGUGAGUUAUUGGUCACGAGGCGAGCUCUUAGUGCUCAAAUCAAGGCGAAUGACUUGGAGCAGCAACGUGAGAACAUAUUUCACAUAAGGUGCUGCGUUAACAAUACAGAAUGUAGUGUUAUUAUUGAUGGGGGAAAUUGCACUGAUGUAGCUAGCACUACACUUGUAGAGAAGUUAGGGCUUACCUUGUUAAAACACUUAAACUAUAUAGAUUGCAAAUGGUUGAAUGAUAGUAGUGAUAUUAAAGUGAAUCAAAGGGUCUUGAUUAAUCUUUCUAUUGGGCGGUACCAAGAUGAAGUUAUGUGCGAUGUAGUUCCAAUGUAUGCUGGACAUAUAUUGUUGGGGAGACCAUGGCAAUAUGAUAGGAAAGUGAUGGAUGAUGGGUACAAAAAUAUGAACAACUUUAUGAAGGAUGGGAAAUCAAUUACUCUUGCACCAUUGACACCACAACAAAUGUUUGAAGAUCAAAUUAAGUUGAAAGGUAAGGAGGAGAUGAGAGUGAAAGAAAAGAAGAUUAAGAGAGAAAAUUGUGAGGUGGCUAAUAGAGAGGGAAAAGAAUUGAGCCACAAGAGCGAAAAGAAAAAGAAGACGAGACAAAAGACAAAAAGAGUGAGAGAAAAGAAAAAGAGAGGAGAGAAAUAA